UAGCAUCAGCUAAUGCACCGGGAGGCCGGAGCUGGCUCACAUGGCUGCGGAAGAAGAGAAGAUGAGCUCGACCAUUUCCAUCCCGCUGGUUCUCACCGUCUACAUCUUCACCUUCCUGAUCGGCCUCCCGUCCAACCUCCUGGCCUUCUACACCUUCCUGGUGAAGGUCCGCCAGAAACCUGCCCCUGUCGACAUCAUUCUGCUCAACCUCACCGUCUCCGACAUCGUCCUCCUCGUCUUCCUCCCCCUCAAGAUGGUGGAGGCCGCCUACAACAUGCAGUGGCCCUUGCCCAAGUUCAUCUGCCUGCUCACCAACUUCAUCUACUACAGCAGCAUCUACAUCAGCUCCCUCUUCCUCAUGGCCAUCAGCAUCGAGCGCUACUUGGGGGUGGCCUUCCCCAUCAAGUACAAGCUCCGACGCCGGCCAGCCUAUGCCGUUGCCGCCUCUCUGAUCUUUUGGGCAGUGGCCUGCAGCCACUGCAGCAUCGUCUACAUUAUCCAGAGGUAUGACCAGCGGCUCAAUGGGACCACGCCAACACUCAAUAAAUCCCACUGCUAUGACACUUUCUCCUGUCCGCAGCUCCAGAUCCUGAUGCCUUUCCGGCUGGAGCUCUUCCUGGUCCUCUUCUGCAUCCCCUUCACCGUCACCGUCUUCUGCUACGUUAACUUUGUCCGCAUCCUGCUGGCCUUGCCCAACAUCCCGGCCCGGAGGAAGCGGCGCGCCGUGGGCCUGGCGGUGGCCACCUUGGUCAACUUCAUAGUCUGCUUCGCCCCCUACAACCUGUCCCAUGUGGUGGGCUUUGUGCAGAACGAGAGCCCCCCCUGGAGGGUUUACGCUCUUCUCCUCACCACCCUCAAUGCCUCCUUGGACCCCGCCAUCUUCUACUUCUCCUCCACCGCUGUCCAACAUGCCUUUGCCGACUGCCUGUCCGGCAUGAGGCACAAACUCAGCGCCCUCAUGGCCCGGUGCCAUCUCCCCUGCUUGGCUCGCUGCAGGGAAGGGGGUAGGAAAAGUGAGGGUCCCAGCGUGGACGAGGCGGAGGAAUCCUCGACGUGACUUUCCAGAUGAGACCUCCCCUCUGCUCUUUCUUGUCCCGGGCGCCACAGGAGCAAGAGAUCCUGCCCUUGUGCCGGGGACGGCAUCCUCUGUCCUUCCCUGCACCUCCUAGACGCCAGCAUGCAGCUGGGCUUGGAGCUGGUGCCCAACUUCCACAGGGCUUUGGCCUACGCGAGCUUCAGAGUCGUUGGCCAAACCAGGCUUCAGGAGACUAUGGUCAAGCGGAGGUUGGGGUCACCAUGGUGACCAAGGCCUUCCUUUGCCACUGCCGGGCCGCAAGCAAAACUCUGGUCAAGCAUCCCCCAGACUUUGUCCGAAGUCAGCUUUGGAGUGGGUGACCCAACUUCCUUCCACAAGAAUCCAGCCUCUCUCCAGGGCAGGGUUGCCAUGGUGGCCAAAUAGGGACCUAUUUCAGCUGGAGGGUCAUCCUGGCGCCCUCCACCCACUCCUGCUCUUUCCUUCUCCAUGGCUGGGCCCACGGGCAAGUGAGUAACUACAGGCCAUAACUGCACAGGAGGAACCACACGGGGGUUGAUUCAGGGAGGAGAAACAGGCUGGGCUGAGCUCUGUCUGGUUCGGGGAGAGCUUUUUAGUGGGAGAGAAACAAGGGCCAGGCCCUGUGAGGCCUGAGUUUGCCCUUGGUGAACUCGAGAGAGCGCCUCUUCCUUGGCCCCUGGUAUUAGCGUGUGGUGGCCUCUGUGGAAAUGUAGUUAGUGUCUCGGUGGGUUUGGAACGCAAGAAGCCACAGCCCAGAAAGCUAGUGCUUGAGCUGAAGCAGCGGUGCUGUGAGCUGGCGGCAGUAGUAAGGCUGUUAUCUGCCAUGCAGACAGGAAGGAUUUGGACUUUGG